CAAAGGAAACAGAGCACCCGCUUACUCUCGCCUGCUCUUCAAGCAGCACUGUCUGAAUUCUGAAACACCUUGCUGCAGCAUAUACACCUGACCCAGUGGAGGUCACCGGCGGUUGGCGAAGAGGCCGGCCGCCAUGGCGAUGGCGGUGGCACCAGCUGGGGCCGUGGAGGGACAGCGGUCCAGCAAGCUCGUCGCGGCGCUGUCGAGAACGAGCGCGACCUUCCUCUUCUUCUCCGUGGUCGCCGUCGGAGCGGUCGCCGUAUCCACUCGCUGGAUCACCACCAACACCACCACUUUGCAGGCAAGCUUCCCCACCACCGCGGCCAUUCCCGCCGCCGCCGCCGCCGUUCUCCACCCCAAAACACAGCACCCCAACCCAUCACCGCAGUCGCCCUCCAGACAACCGCGACCACCACCCGCCGCCUACUCCAUCUCUUGCCCCGUCCCUUCCCUCCGUCUCAACAUCUCCCACGCCGCCAAAGCGAGCAAAUCUUCCCAAACCCUGGCCCUCGCGCUCUCCUCCCCGUCCUCCUGCCGCUCCUCCCCCGACCCCCCACCGGCCACCGCAACCGCCGCCGGCUCAUCCUCCAACUCCUCGUGCCCGCCCUACUUCCGCUUCAUCCACGAGGACCUCCGCCCAUGGCGCGCGGCGGGGGGCGUCACCCGCGCCAUGCUCGCGCGCGCCCGCGCCACCGCCAGCUUCCGCCUCGUCGUCCUGGGCGGCCGGGCCUUCGUGCAGCGGUUCCGCCCGGCGUUUCAGACGCGCGACCUCUUCACCAUCUGGGGGAUUCUCCAGCUGCUCCGUCGCUACCCCGGCCGCGUCCCCGACCUCGACCUCAUGUUCGACUGCGUCGACUGGCCCGUCGUCCGCACGCACCUCUACCGCGGUGAGCACGCCCCCUUCAUGCCGCCGCUCUUCCGGUACUGCGGGGAUGACAGGACGCUCGACAUCGUCUUCCCAGAUUGGUCAUUCUGGGGCUGGCCGGAGAUCAACAUAAAACCAUGGGAUGCCCUGCAUAAAGAUUUGAAGGAUGGUAAUAGUAAGGUAAGAUGGUUCAGUAGAGAACCUUAUGCUUACUGGAAAGGGAAUGCAGCAGUUGCGACAUCACGGCAGGAAUUGGUUAAGUGUAAUGUCUCCAGCACGCAAGACUGGAAUGCAAGGAUUUACACUCAGGACUGGUUCAAAGAGAGCAAGGAAGGGUAUAAGACCUCGGAUUUGGGCAGUCAGUGCACUCACAGGUACAAGAUCUAUAUAGAAGGAUCAGCAUGGUCUAUCAGUCAGAAAUAUAUUCUAGCAUGUGAUUCCAUGACAUUGUUGGUCACACCAAAAUACUAUGAUUUCUUUUCAAGGUCUCUUAUGCCGCUUCAGCAUUAUUGGCCAGUUCGGGAUAACAAUAAAUGCGCCUCAAUACAAUAUGCUGUUAACUGGGGCAACUCUCACAAGCAAUUGGCACAGCGCAUAGGAAAGGAAGCAAGCAAUUUCGUUGAACAAGAGGUUAAUAUGGACCAUGUGUAUGAUUACAUGCUUCACCUGUUAAGGGAAUAUGCCAAGCUUCUAAGUUUCAAGCCAACUAAGCCACCUGAAGCUGUUGAGGUCUGCCCUGACUCUUUGGUCUGCCAAGCUGAAGGCACUGAGAGGAAGUUUCUUAUGGAAUCCAUGGUGAAGUCUGCCCAUGAUUCAGGUCCAUGUGAUCUUCCCCCACCUUUCAGCCGCCGGGAGCUCACAAUGCUAAAACGGAGGAAAGAAAAUUCGAUCAGGCAGGUUGAAAUGUGGGAGCAGAGAGCUUCGACAACUAGAUGACAUACUUUGGGAACUGGGUUUGCUAACGUGGCGCCGGCCAAAACAAGUACUCUGCUAUUGAGGGCGCACAAAGAUGAGGCUGAGGAAGCACGGUGCGCUCGCUCGGGCGCUGCUCCACGCGUCUUUCGGCGCCCGGCAUUAGAAUUUAGAAGUUCGGCCUUCCUUUCAGACUUCGGUCUUCAAGUUCAAGGUUGGAGAUAGCUUCACACGUACAUUUUAAAAUACGAGAUGAGUUGCUGAUAUUUUUCAUGAAA